GCCAGCAGGUUAUAAAAUAGGUUAUUAGUCCAAGUAGCUGCGCUAAAAUAUGAUAUCGUUGAAUAACGAAUCGUGUGAACUUGUGUGUUCACACAGUGCUAAACAUCAACACUGAACACUCGUGCCAUUUUAGUGAUAAAUACGUAUUCAAUAAUAUCUAUUAAACAAUUAGACAAAAGUUGAAUGUACGAUAGCUGCGCGGAGAUACUGUUAUGUAGAAUAGGCGAAUAGUUCAACUAAUCAAGUGACUAGUUUAUACAGAUUGAGAAAAGAAACAAGUGAAUACAUAGUUCAGUCUGUAGUUUCUAGGAUGGUGGUCAUAAAUGUGGUAAUUCUCUUAUUGAUGAUAGAAACUCUAUCAUGUGAGGCAAAUCGUCCUAAUAUUGUAUUUAUAAUAGCAGACGAUUUGGGAUGGAAUGAUGUCAGUUUCCAUGGAUCAGAUCAAACCUUAACGCCUAACAUUGACUUGUUAGCAUAUUCGGGUGUUGCACUCGGACGGUACUACAGCCAUGCUAUGUGCACGCCUUCGCGAUCAGCUCUUCUUACUGGCAAAUACUCUUAUAAGUUAGGGAUGCAAGGUUAUCCUCUCGUCUUAAGUGAAGAUCGGGGUCUGCCAACUAGUAUAACGAUAUUACCCGAGUAUUUAAAAGAUGCUGGUUAUUCUACCCAUAUAGUGGGUAAAUGGCACGUUGGUUCAUCCAGAGAGGAAUAUUUGCCAACCAAGAGAGGCUUCGACAGCCAUUUUGGACACAGAGGAGGAUAUUUGGAUUAUUAUGAGUACAGUUAUGAGGAAGACUGGGGCAAACUCGGUCGAGUUGCUGGGUUAGCCUUAUUUAAAAACCAAACUCCUGCUUGGGAUGUGGAGGGUUACAUCACAGACGUUUAUACAGAACAGGCUACAUCAAUAAUAAACAAGCACGACACAUCGUCUCCUUUAUUCUUGAUGGUCGCGCACAACGCCCCGCACGCCAGUAACGAUGGAGCGCUUCUGCAGGCUCCGCACGAAACCGUCAGAGAGAUGAGAUACGUCGAGUCACCGCAGAGAAGGAUUUUUGCAGCCAUGAUAAAAAAACUAGAUGACAGUGUCGGUGAUAUAGUUGCAGCUUUAUAUGCAAAGGGAAUUUUAGAUAACACUAUUAUAGCGUUCGUUUCUGACAACGGAGGCAUGACAAGCGGCGAGUUCAAUAACUUCGCGUCCAAUUAUCCACUGAGAGGAAUUAAAAUGUCACCAUUCGAGGGCGGUCUAAGGGUUGUCGGGUUAUUGUGGAGUGCCAACUUGAACAACACGAGUCAUUACUGGGACGGGUACAUGCACGUCAUAGAUUGGUUGCCCACACUUUUGAGUGCUGCUGGUAUAGAAACGCCAGCAGACAUUGAUGGGAUCAAUCAGUGGGAUAGUAUCAACUCAAACUCGCCUUCUGAAAGAAUUACGAUGUACGAAAUAGAUGACAUGGUCGGAUAUGCUUCGAUUAUAUACGGUGACUACAAGCUCUUGACCGGGGAAGUCAUUCAAAAUUACUGUACAUAUCAAGGGUCUAAUCUUACUGGCCUCAUUGGCAAACCUCCUUGUUAUGUCGAUGCCAUUGUGGACAGCACCAUGUAUAGAGUACUUGACUUGAUUGGUCAGCCUUUUAACAUACAUGACUUGAGUCUACGAAAAAAUACAAUAGUACAAUGUGACACACCUCCGACUGAUCUAUGUUUUCCUGGUGUCGGCAAGGUAUGCCUUUACAACAUAAGAGAGGAUCCCUGUGAAACGACAGAAUUAUCCGCCUCUUAUCCGCACUUAGUAUUGAGCAUGCAAGCUCUGCUGCAAGCGGAGGUGUCGAAGAGAAUUCCUCGAAAGAAGGUGACUUAUAGGAAUCCAUUAUCCGCUCCCAGUCGUUUCAACUAUACAUGGGAUACUUGGGUCCAAUGACGAUUUUCAAAGAAAUCUUAUAUUUCGAAUAAGAAUAUAAUAAUUUAAAGUAAGUCUGUAGAAUUACGCAAUAUGCAGUAGAAAAUCCAAAGCGCACUUAAAAUUAAGUGACUACUCGUAAGUUCUUUUAGGUUCAUAUGUAAAUAACUGUAGAAUAUGACUGUAAUGUUAUACGUAUACAUAAAGGCUGAAAUCUGCUUCUUGAAGUAGUAAAAAGGGUUCUCCUAAAAAUUUUAGUUUUGAUUUUUUCCAUUGAACAAAGGAACCGUGGUAAUGUAAUGAAUAAUUCUCAUAGUUGAGCUGCGUAGUGUUCCCGGACAGAGAUUGUUCAAAUAUUUACAUACCAGUAUUACGGGCGGUCUUGCUUGAAUUUUGUCCUUACCUUUUUCAUUGUCACUGAUUGUGUGAGCACGUAGGCACUUGAGAUAAAAAUCUCUUAAAUCUGCGUGUUUAUUGUUAGCUUAGGAUACCGUGAAAACCGAGCUUAAUUAGUGCCAAUUUACGCUCGGGUCUAUAAUCUCUGCAAUCUUGUAAGUAAACAAGGAGCAAAAAUAAACACUGAAAAUGUA